UGCCUAUUGCAUCACAUAUUACUAUACUGUAUACUAAAUCUAUCAGAGAGAUCAUUACACAGCAGUUUUGUUGCAAACUAUAUAAGCACUGGUAGUUUGCAUACAGUUUCUAUCAGUCAAAAGUAUUUGGAAAAACUAUUUUAUUAUUCAUUAAAAGUUAUUUUUUGAAAAACUAUUGUUUGUGUUAAACAAGUGUUAAACUAUUGUAAUUUGAUUUUAAAAAAUAAAUAAAUAAUGGCUUUCUUGGAGAUAUUGUUACCGCAACUGAUGAGAUGUGGCCAACAGUGCGGCACUGCCGGUGGCCAGGCAUUCAAUACGCUUAUGGAUCAGGACUGGAAUCAUUGGAAACUGCAGAUGCAAUCGUGGAUGGAUGAUGUUAAUGGACAGAUGGGAGCCCAGGGAGCUCCUCCCGGUGCUGCUCCCGCCGCCGCCGCUGGUAAUUGUGGCCAACGAUGCGGUGCUGAGAGCACUGGCGAUGCAGGAGUAGGACAGGGAUUGGACGCACUGUUGCGUAUGUGGUCACAGUUUGCGACGGCCAACAAUCAGCAGCCGUCAAACAGUCGCCAAUCAUCGGGUGGACAAUCAUCGGAUCAGGUGAAGAACGAUUCGCGAAAGUUGGUCAUCAAACUAGAUGUCCAAAACUUUGAGCCACAGGAACUGUCGGUAAAGAUUGUGGACAACCAUAUUGUGGUCACUGGUGAACAUCCCGAACGUACCGAUCGACUGAGUCUAAUAAGUCGUCGCUUUCAGCGCCGUUAUCCACUAACCGACGACAUCGAUGCCGAUACUGUUGUGUCCACUUUGACGGCCGACGGUGUGCUCAUUGUCGAGGCUCUGAAAAAGUCGACCGACGACAGACCGGCCGGUGGCGCGAUUGUCAUACCCGUUGUACGCGAGGGUAGCACUGAUGGCGGAGCCGUUGGUGGCCAACAAAAGUCCACAGAUUAUGAAAAUGAUCACCAAAUGGACUAAAAAAAAAGUUGCUUUAAUUUUACUAUUUUUUGAUUCAAUUAUUUUUAUUUAUAAAUGA